UGACACUGUCGAAACUGGUUGAAACGAGUUGGAAAUCUGGAGCAUUCUGGAUUUUGCUGUAACAUUGGAUAUUUGAUUGGUAAAGAGGCAAGAAAAAUGUUUGGAAAGGAAGACAAAUGAUAUCCUGAAUUAUGGAUGGUGAAUAUAAGAAUAUGUCGGAAAACGUGCAGAAUUGUGAAACAUGUCAUCAAGAUGAACCAACUGCUUAUGAUAAUGAAGUAGAUUUGGCAAAAGAAGAUGGCCAAUGCAAUAAAGAUGAUGAUUCUUCAGAAAGUGAUCCUUUAGUUAGUGAAGACAAAUCUGAUGGAUUUUCCUUGGACAGUGGUUCUCCCCUCCAUGCAAACCACAGUGUUCCAAGUUAUGAACCUCAGUUCAUUUCCAUUCAGAUAGAACAACUUACUCCGGUUUGUGAACAAGUGUUCACAUCGGCCAAGACUUUAUCUGAUGACAGCGACUCUGAUUCUGAUGGAUCUUUGACACCAAAUGUGACUCCACUGCCUUUGAAGAAGCACAUGCUCGCACAGUUAAGUGCAGGAGCAUUUGACUUUCAAAGCUACCGCUCUAGCUCUGCAAGCAUUCCACUUCCUAUCAGAGACUUCAUUUCUAAUGAACUAAUAGGCAAUUCUGACCUACACAGUUGUCUAACAAGUGCUAAUGUGACCCCAGUUCCUGCUAAGAAGUACUGGUCCACUGCAUCAGACACCGGCACAGAUUUAUGGCCACUCUGCCGCAUUUGCCAGUCUCCUAGUGACACCGAUGACAUCAUGUUUUCUCCAUGUCGAUGUUCUGGAUCUCUGCAUUAUGUUCAUUACACUUGUCUUUUGAAAUGGAUUGAAAUUUGCUCAAGAAAAAGCAAGAGGACACCAAGGUGUGAACUCUGUCAUUUUCAGUAUGUUCGACAUAAGCGAUUCAAGUUCAGUCGGUGGCAUCUACCACGAGUGAGUCAACGUGAUAAGUGUCUGCACAUCACUUUCUUCCUCAGUGUGCUCAUCAUGGUUGCCUGUGCUAUCGUCACCGUUCUCUGCUUCCUGUCCGAUGAGGGACAGAUCAACGCCACAGUGAAAACCAAGGUCGACCUAUCACCAGAAGAAAUUAUGACGCUAACGUGCGGGGUGCUGUUCUUCGUGUCAUUCUUUAUUGCCAUGACUGUAGAGAUCAAAGCUAAACACACUAUUUAUAAACUGAUGAUAAAGUUUAUCACCCAGAAUACUGAAUGGCAAAUAGAGCCGUAUGAAAAGACAAAAGAUCCCUUGUAUACCAAUGCACCUAGAUUGGUGUAGAUCUUUAUUGCAUAUAUAUAUCUAUAUAGCUAAACACACUAUUUAUAAACUGAUGAUAAAGUUUAUCACCCAUAAUACUGAAUGGCAAAUAGAGCCAUAUGAAAAGACAAAAGAUCCCUUGUAUACCAAUGCACCUAGAUUGGUGUAGAUCUUUAUUGCAUAUAUAUAUCUAUAUAGCUUAACACACUAUUUAUAAACUGAUGAUAAAGUUUAUCACCCAGAAUACUGAAUGGCAAAUAGAGCCGUAUGAAAAGACAAAAGAUCCCUUGUAUACCAAUGCACCUAGAUUGGUGUAGAUCUUUAUUUGGUGUAGAUCUUUAUUGCAUAUAUAUAUAUAUAUAUAUAUAUAUAUAUGUUAUAUCUAUAUAUAUAUAUAUAUCUAUAUAUAUAUAUAUAAUAUAUAUAUAUAUAUAUAUAUAUAUAUCUAUAUAUAUAUAUCUAUAUAUAUAUAUCUAUAUAUAUAUAUAUAUCUAUAUAGAAUUUUAUGAAAAGCAUAUGUGAUUUAAGAGCAAUCUCAGUGUCAUAGCCAGAAACUUUGAUGUCGCACAAACUCAAAGAUAGGACAUUACAUUUUUCUUCCAUCCUAGUAGCUGGCUAUGUACUUGAGCAAUAUGUUGUUAUUUUGUUUUACAGCUACAUGUAUGCAUAACUUCACUUCUAGUUUUGUGUUCUGCCAUGAUGGCAUGGGAAAUAUUGUGCAUGCAUUAUGCAUGAAUAAUAUUGAUUAGCAGUCAUAGACUGUUACCUAUGGUUUCCUACAUUAAUUUCUAUACUGUGCAUAAUAUGCAUGUGUUACGAUGAGGAUAACAUUGUGUAGGUACUGACAUUUUGCUGUUAAAUUAUUUACUCAGUUGUGAGCAAACAAAUUAAUGUUAUCCUUUGAUAAAAUGUGUUCUUGCAAAUAAUGGGAUGUCAUUACAGAAAACUAUCCAUGGCAAGAAUGAAAAAAAUUGAUUGAAGUACAUGAGUUGUGUUUGUAAUUAUAAGAGUUAUUUUUAAUUUUUGUGUGAAUUAGUCACAAUUAGAAAUGUCUCAGUAACAGUGCUCUGUACUGAAGAAACCACAUGGUCUUAGUAUUUUUGUUACUGAAUAUUGCUUCACAUUACCAUGACGAAAGUAUCUGGUAGGGAGCAUAAUGACGAAUAUACUACCCUACUCGUCAUUUGCUUAAGAAUCACACAUACAUUGUUGAUCAUGGUAAAAGUUAGAUUUUAAUCCAGAUGUUGCCUAAACAUUACUGAUCAUAAUUUAUUGUUAGCAAAAGGGUUGGUGAAUGAUCCAACUAUGCCUACAUUGAUGUACAUGACCACUAUGGUGGUUGGGGGUAAUCAUGGUCUGGGGAUGGAACAGUUUGGUUGGUAAAAUCAAUGAUAUUCAUAAAUUGCUCUUCAUAUUGUCAUCACUGAAAAUAGUUUCAUGGGUGUACUCGUUCAGUCAUCGUCUCCUUUUUUAAAUGGAUGGUUUCUUGCAAACUUCCAUUCAUUAAACAUUUAGCUGUUCCAUAUUGGUAUUAUUCGGUGAUUAAUGUCCAACACAUUUAGCACUAGAUGAUCUGAAAUUUGUGGUCCUUAGCAGACUGAGUAGUAUAGUUGCAAGCUUGUUAUUGGCAUUAGAAUGUCCAUGUUUAUAAAAGUCCGAUUUAUGACCAAAUAAUUGGAUUUUCCUUUUAAAAGUGCUCAUUUUCACAAUAAAUUCCAUUAUUUAAAGAAAUCUGUGAUUGAUGACUUGGUUCAUCUUGGGGAGAAAAAAAAAAAAAGUUGGCUUUGAUGUAAACUAAAUCACUAUUUUAGCUUCCAGUGAGAAGGCAUAUGUUUUAGAUUAUUAUUGGGGGGUAUGGUGCAUGUGUUUUAUUGGGGUUUUUUUUUUAAUUCUGCUAUAUUUAUAUAUUUGGUUAGAGCUAAGUUUGGUUGGGGUUGGGUUUUUUUAUAUAUAUAAAUAAGGUCUUUCCUGAAACUUGUUUAUAGGUGAUCUACAUACCCAUCGUACAUUUUCAAAGCUUUCUGACCUGAUGCUAUAGUAUUUUAUAUGACUGGUUACUAUAUUAUAUCAUAAAUUGAAGAUUUAUUACACAGCACAGCUUGUAGCCUCCCAAACCGAUUACGUGGCAGCUUAGAAGAAGUUAUGUGAAUAAAACACUCAGAUGUGGUCUGCUCACAUGAGGCAGAUGAUGGUUCAUCUCACCGUAGCGUACUAUAAUGUGAAUUGCAUGUUAUCUGCUUCUAGUGAGAGUGGUUUACUUGGUUUACUUAUGAUCAUUUUUAAUUGCAUAUUAUUAAAUAUUAAAUUAAGUAGGUAUAACAGUCAUGUUGAUUUUAGGAUUUUACACUACUGGUAUAUAUAUAUGUAUUUUGAUUAUUGUUAGAAGACAAUGUUGAAAUAAAAACAAAAUUGAAGAUCUGAACUACAACACUUGAGAUUACCCUUUGCUAAGUAUAUUUGCAUCUCGUCUUGCCAGGUUUAUGUUUUUUGUGUCGGCCCUUAAUUAUUACGGUAUACAUUUACUGUCAAUGGUGGUAAUCAAUAAUUAUAUGCAGUUUUUUAAUGUUUGUAAUAUUUAAUAUUGCCAAGUUUUACAUACGUGUAUAUAUUUAUAUCCUACACUAUAUAUUCUUUGUUACAAGUUCCUAUAUCCUUUUUGUUAUGAAUGCACAUUUUUGUACUUAAACUGUAAAAAAUACACCAUUUUUGUCUCAUCUGAUAUGUUACUGGUGUGUUUUGUCUAAUUAGCCACCAAAUAUACUGAUGGAAAGAAAUAAAGGAACACACGAGUAGUAACGUCAAAUGUUGACUACAACCAAGAUCCUCAUCCACAAGUAUCAGGAAAUUAACCGUGUUACUGGACGUCAACCACACACUACUGACAUGCAGUUUCACAAUACUCCAGUGGUGAAUUACAUUUGGUUUCAAAUACAUUUCUUUCCAUCAGUAUAGCUGUCAUUUAAAAAUGUGCUGUGUCUUUAAGCAUAUAUUUGUUUUAGUUAUUCAACGAUAUCCAUGUUUAUAGUUACUGUAGUCGUACAUUUUAAUGUUAAAUAAUAACAAAAAUAAUUAGGAAUCUUAUUCUUCUUGGGUUACUGCUAUACAUAUUUUAUUUUCAUUAAGUAAAAAUUAGAGCCUAAAGUGUUACAUAAGGUUGGGACCAAAUGCGUCCUAGUCGUGGGGCUUUUGGAUAUAACUGGUGAAGCAAAAUGUUAUGUUUGUUCACAUGGAGGUUUUCAGUUACUCUUUUAGCAUGUGAUCCAUUUGAUAGUGCUUAAUUUAUUAGUAGAUUAAUCUUAAAUUAUAUUCUAGAAAGUCGUAUAGUUAUUGUUAUAGUUGCCUCUUGAAGGUUUUGUAUUGCAUAUGGUAUGCUUUUGUUAGACUCGGAUGUGAUUUUGCUUGUAUUUGUCUCUCUUUUCCUAUUUUUUUUCUCUCUUAAAAAAAAUAUAUAUAUAUUUCAAAUAGAGAGAUAUUUGAAACAAAAUUAUUUAUUAAUAUACAUAUGGUUAUGCUCAGAUGUUUGGUGAAUCACAUUGACCUUAAGUAUGUCAUUAGUGGUAGUUCUUUUUUGAAAAAUGUAUACCAACACGUUUUACUCUCAAAUGUCUCCUUUUUUUAUUAAUGACCCAUUCACAACAAAGUAUCAUACAGUAAUGAUUUGGCCUCAGUUAUGUUAUUUAUAUUGCACCAUUUCAAAUUAUAUUUACAUCACCAGUAAUUGCUGCUUUUGUAUAUUUGUCUAGUAUGUAUUUACUAUUUUUGUUGGCUUAUUUUAUUUAAUUUCAUUUUUGUACAAAUAUAAUGAAACCAUUUAUAUUGGAAUAGGGAUGCUUAUGUAAAAUACUUGAAUUCAUAUAAAGUGAAAUCUAUCUAACUUGUUCAAGUGUUCUUUUGUAAUUAUCUUGACAAGUUUUUAAAAAAAGUAUUUAAUAACCAUUUUGUCAUAUGUGGCUUUAUUAUGAAGAUGCAAAUGCGGUGCACAUUUUCAUUUUUUACAAGCAGAUACUUUUUUCUUGUUUUUUUUUGGUUUUAUUUUAUCUCAGAAUAACUUACAGAAAACCAACAAAGCCAUUGUUAUUGUAAUAUUUAUUCCAACACAAUGUUUUCAACCUCAUAAUUUACUUUUUUGAGGUCAAAUUGAUACCUUUGAUGUCCAAAUGUGUGUAAUGUCCUUUGUCCAGUCAUUUUGACAAUAUAUUUGAUCAUCAUAUUAUUAAAAAUAUGGAAAACAAUGUUUUGUGUUUGUGUAGAUACUAGUGUUUGCAAAACACAUUGGUUUUCCAUCUUGCCACACUUAUUUUCAUUUUAUUUUGACAUUUGCAACUACAUUGUAUUUGCAUUUGAAUCUUACUACAAAUGUAAAAAGUAAUUAUGAUAAUAGUAAGUAUGUACAAAUACAAAAUGUUUUCAAGAAAGUGCUUUGCAAUUGUAGCGUCUUUAUUUCUUUCUUUUUAAAUUAAUAAUAUUAUUUCUUGUGUAAUAAAUUUAUAUCUAUUUUUAAUAAAACUAUUGACUUGUACUGAC